ACGUGCUGUUGCUAGAAGCAGCAGCAGCAGCAGCAGCGACGUCCGAUGCGGAUCGGAUAGGAAUAGCAGAAAAUACAGCCACCUUUUGAGCUUUGAACGAACGAAUAUAUGAAUUGAGUUGUCGUUUGUGGAGAGUUUGUGGAGUACUUUGUGUGGGGCCGAUAAUAGCAAGCUCGGCUGCCCGCUGUGCUGCUCUCUGCCCCCGGCCAGCCACUCGGGAGUUAGCCCGCCACCCUCCCUAACAACUCCAGCAGCAGCAGCAGGCGCCAGGCUGUGCUUCACAAAGCAUGGCGCUCCGGGCAAGAGCCAUUUACGACUUCACCUCCGAGAACCCCGGCGAGGUGUCUGUGCGGGAGAACGAGAUCGUAAGUUUGUACAGCGAGAAGGACAUUGAGGGCUGGCUGGAGGGCACCAACAGCAAAGGUGAGAGGGGACUCAUCCCUGCGUCCUAUGUGGAGAUCCUGAGGAGCGACAAUAAUAACACAUCUGGGGACACCUACCCCGAGUCGCGCUAUGCCAAUGUGCCAUCCACAGGUUUUGACGGCUCUUUUAAGACCGCAGUGGACAAUUUGCCCAAAGCUGUCAACGUACCACAACAGAUCUACCAGCAGCCCAGCGAUGACGACUGGGAUGACGACUGGGACGACAGCUCCACUGUGGCGGACGAGCCAGGCACAGUUGGAAGUAGGUACUUGGAAGGAAAUGGACCGUCCACGUACAGAGUGUCUACCACCUCUAUGUCAAGAGGUCAGGCCCCGAAAAGCUCCGCAACAGUCAGCAGGAAUUUGAACCGCUUCUCCACUUUUGUCAAAUCUGGCGGUGAGGCUUUUGUGCUCGGCGAGGCGGCAGGUUUCGUAAAGGACGGGGACAAGAUCUGUGUGGUGAUGGGACAGUAUGGUCCGGAGUGGCAGGAGAACCCGUACCCGUUCACCUGCGCGAUAGACGACCCCACCAAGCAGACCAAGUUUAAAGGGAUGAAGAGCUACAUCUCCUACAGGCUGACACCCACACACACUCAGAACCAGGUGAACAGACGCUACAAGCACUUCGACUGGCUGUACGCCCGCCUGGUGGAGAAGUUCCCCGUCAUCUCAGUGCCUCACAUACCAGAGAAGCAAGCCACGGGACGCUUUGAGGAGGACUUCAUCUCCAAGAGAAGAAAGGGUCUCAUCUGGUGGAUGAACCACAUGACCAGCCACCCCGUCCUGGCCCGCUGUGACGUCUUCCAGCACUUCCUCACCUGCAGCUGCACGGACGAGAAGGCCUGGAAGCUAGGCAAGAGGAAGGCCGAGAAAGACGAGAUGGUGGGUGCCAACUUCUUUCUCACCAUCAGCACGCCGGCCUCGCCGCUCGACUUCCAAGAAGUGGAGAGCAAAAUUGACGGCUUCAAAGCAUUCACCAAGAGGAUGGAUGACAGCGCUCUGCAGCUCAACGCAACCGCUGGAGAGUUUGCCCGCAAGCAGAUGAGCGGCUUCAAGAAGGAAUAUCAGAAGAUGGGCAUGUCCUUCAAGGUGCUCAGCCAGGCCUUUGAGAUGGACCAGCAGGCCUUCUCAGCUGGACUCAACCAGGCUAUUUCGUUCACUGGGGAUGCGUUUGAAUCCAUUGGAGACUUUUUUGCAGAGCAGCCCAACAAGGAUCUGGACCCCAUCAUGGAUUUGUUAGCGCUUUAUCAGGGACACCUCGCUAACUACCCAGACAUCAUCCACGUACAGAAAGGAGCCCUCACCAAGGUGAAGGAGAGCCAGCGGCACGUGGAGGAGGGCAAGAUGGAGGCGGUGCAGGCGGAGGGAAUCAACGAGCGCUGCAACAUUAUCUCAUGCGCCACGCUGGCAGAGAUCCAGCACUUCCAUCAGAUCCGUGUGCGUGACUUCCGCGCACAGAUGCAGCACUACCUGCAGCAGCAGAUCGCCUUCUUCCAAAAGAUCACAGGCAAGCUGGAGGAGGCGCUGCACAAGUACGACAACGCAUAGCAGCAACUGCCGCUUUGCUACGGGACUUUAUGACCCCUGUGACCCCCUGGCCAGUGACCCUAGCCUGCCACCUAAAGUGCAAACAGUGGAGCUACGAACGACAGGUUUGAGGAGAACAAAUCCAAGACUUCAUCACACUUUUUGAAUGUCUAUUUAAUGCAAAAAGUCUCAGCAAGAAGAGUAUCGGCAUCAAUCUGCUGCACCAGGAAGCAAGCAUGACUGCAUUUAUCACGUUUAUACAAGUAUUAGCCUUAACGUUGUUUUUAAAGGGACAAGUGUCCUCAGGAGCAGCUACCGUCUCGCUGUGCCUUCUCCUUUUGUUACUAAAAGCUUUAUAUACAGUGUGUACAAAUAUAUUUGUUUUUACAAAGCAUUCAGCUGUCUUUGGACUAGAAAAUUACGUUUUUUGUUGUUGUUUUUUUUUUUUUACAAGCUUGCAGGAUGUCAAACGGACACUUUUUGUGCCUAAAUCUUGAUUUUGUCUCCCAUCAAAUGUUUAUGAACGCAGUCUUUCUGAUGAUGCACACUUGUUACUGCUGUUUUUAACGCCAAUCGUGUCGGUUGCAUGAUGUGAAGCAGAAAUAAAUUGCUUCUUCACUUAAAAGCCUUGUUUUAUAUUGGCUUGCAAAGAUGUGGGGGAAUUUUAGAAAUGCGCUGGAAAGCCCCUGUGGUUGUACAGUUUGGAAUCUGACUUCAAUAUGUGCGUAAACCUCAGUUCAGCAACCAUCCAAAGAUGAACUCUUGCUGUGUUUGCUCGAUCGUGAGAAGAAGAGAAGAAGACUAUGCACAGGAAGUUACAUGAAAUAAGCAGACUCACUUUCAAAAUACUAGGUGCUGUGACAGUUAAUGUAGAACAUCUACAUUUAUUU